AUGGCAUCUUCCACAGAUCUACCUGAGCACAAAUUGCUCGAGUCUCCGAACUCCCGCACGAUACAAAUAAACGGAUGGUCCAUCACAGCGUGCACCAAUCCGAUCGCUAGCGCUGUCGAUGCCGACGCCCUGCAAGCUCAGCUGGGCAUACCGUUGCCGGAGAUGACCUUUGCACACAACGUGCUUACACUAGAGCACCGUGCUUCAGGAUGGAAAUACGCGUUCAGAACCGCCGAUGCCCUUGCAGGGGUGCGGUCUGGAGAUGCACAAGAGGGAGACGGCGUCGUCAAGGUCGGCUACGCAGAUGCUACUGGAUCGUCGUCUGCUAUUCCGUUACCACAAACGUCCGCCACCAAACAGUACGACUGGACUUAUACUACCGUUUACUCCGGUCACCUUGAGGCUAUUUCGCCGGAUGAAGUCGACGAAAAGCCCGUGAUUGCGCCAGACGGUUUUAUUCCAUGGCAUCCCGCAGAUCCAAGCGAUCCGUUGCAAGCCAUACCCAUUGCCGAACUGAGCAGACGCGACCCUAUUCUCUUUUACGCGGAGAUCCCGGUUUUCGAAGAUGAACUUCACGACAACGGUGCCUCCCAUCUGCUCGUCCGCAUCCGUGUGAUGCCCAGCUGCUUCUUCGUCCUAGCGCGGUUUACCCUCCGUGUGGACAACGUUCUGUUCCGCAUGCACGAUACCCGGAUAUAUCACUCCUUCAGUUCUUCGCCGUCAAGAAUUGUGCGCGAGACGAGUGGAUGGGAGGCGCCGUACGACAGAGUCAAGCGGCAACUUUCGCGGCGCGAUGAUUUGACACCGCUCACUGAUCCCAACUGGGUAGGUCACGUCUUGAGCGGCAUGCCUUCCGAUGCCUCGCAGCGCCAGGGGGCAGGUACAGGAUGGAGAGGACUCGGAACUCGCACGGAAGUUGCCUUGCUAGCCGAGUGA